GAUUCAUCGCAUCUCUUUCAGAGUGACAACACCACCCAUCCACAGCAGCAGCAGCAGCAGCAUCAGCCAUGUCUGAGAAUCUGAUUGACGGCAAGAAGACGGCGCAGGACAUCCGCAAUGAGGUCAAGGCGGAGGUUGAGAAAAUGGUGGCGGAGCACAACCAGCACCCCAAGCUGUCCGUCAUCCUCGUGGGCGGCAGGAGGGACAGCAGCACCUACGUCGGUCAGUAAGAUAGGGAUGGACGACCACAGAUCGACGAGGAAGUCCGGAGGGGAAAUCCACCGAUGUGUAUGUGUGUGUGUUUUGGUUAGGGAUGAAGGAGAGGGCGUGCAAGGAGUGCGGCAUUGAGAGUGAGGUGAUUCGCAUGCCCGACACGGUCAGCCAGGCGGAGGUCAUGGACAAGGUGCGCGAGCUCAAUGCUGACCCAAACGUCGACGGCAUCCUCGUACAGGUAAGGAAGGUGGGACCACCACGACAGACAGACAAUCAGGCAGACAGUCAGGCAGACAGUCAGAUGGACGUCAUUCAUUCAUUCAUUCAUUCAUUUCUUGUGUGCGUGCAUUGUGUGAAUCGAUCAGUUGCCGCUGCCCUCCCACAUGGUGGAGCGUGAAGUGCUCGAGCUCAUCGGUAGGAAGGCCAGGCGACACGACACACGCGAUGGAAGAGCUAGACAAUGAGUGAGUGGAUGUGUGUCGGCCAGAUUGGUUCAAGGACGUGGAUGGCCUCCACCCACUCAACGUCGGCAACCUGGGUACGUAAGUGUGGUGUGCACAAGUCAAGUGACCGACACACAAUUGAAUGCACAGAUUCGUAUUGCACAUGCCCUUAUCUGUCUGUCUGUCUGUGUGGUGUGUCAGCUCUUCGCGACCACACGCCGAUGUUCAAGCCGUGCACAGCUGAGGGCUGCAUCGAGCUGCUGCGGCGCUACAACGUCAAGAUGUCGGGCGCCGACGCUGUCGUGGUCGGCCGCAGCAACAUUGUCGGCAUGCCCAUAUCACUCCUCCUGCAGGUGAGAGGGUGAGGGGGGAUGAAAGGGGUGGGUGGGCACAUCCAUCGAUUGACUCAUCCAUUCAUCCACUCAUUUAAUGUGUGUGGUGGGUGGUGGGUGGGUGGUUCAGCAAGAGAAUGCGACAGUGACGAUGUGCCACUCGCGGACUAAAGACCUCCCUGGACAGUGCAGAAAAGCAGGUCGGGUCGGUGGGCUCAAUGGAACCACACAUCACACUUCACACAUCACACGCAUGGCUCUUCCUGCUGCUGGUCGGCUGUGCUGCAUGCACUGCAGACAUCAUAGUGGCUGCGAUCGGCAAGGCCAAUUUCAUCAAGGGCGACUGGGUCAAGGACGGUGCGGUCAUCAUUGAUGUCGGCAUCAACGGCGUCGACGACCCCACCUCAGCCAAGGGAUACAGACUCGUCGGAGGUACCUACACACCGGUGACACAAACAACGCCUGGCCUGUUCAUCCACCCAUGGGUGGCUCUCGCCUCGUGUGGUCUGUCUGUCUGUCUGUUUGUGAAGAUGUUGAUUUCGAGGAGUGCAAAGGCAAGGCCAAACUCAUCACGCCUGUGCCAGGUGGGUGGGUGGGUCAGACAGCCAUCCACCGCUCACAUGUGUAUAUGGCCAGCCACACGGGUGUGUGUGUGUGUGCGUGUGUGUGUCAAUAAUAAUGAUCAGGGGGUGUGGGUCCGAUGACGGUGGCCCUGUUGAUGAAGAAUACGGCCAGCUCCAGGCUGUACAAGCUCUCAGCCCCUCAGACCAACGGCACCAAGUAGCGCCCCGAUGUGUUUGCCUAACUGCCUGACUCUCUUGGUGUGUCCGUCUGUCUGCAUAGCUGUCUAUGUGUGUGCCGGGCACGGUGGUGG